UUUUUGUUGCUGCUUGUUUGUUGUUGCUCUCCGCCACAAGACAACAAACGAUGCGCGCACCAGGAGGCGUGUGCGCCGCCACCGUUGUGGCUGGCUUCUUCUUGCUGUUGACAUGCGUCAGCGCUGCGCCCGUGCCCGAGCCGCGGCUCAUCGUGACGCCCGUGUCCAAGAUCAUCGACGAGGGCGAGGACGUGACGCUGUCCUUCUCCCUGACGGAGCCGAUCAUCUGCCGCUCCGUCUUUGACGACUGCCGCGUGCUCCUGCUCAUCACCAACGCCCGCCCGGACGAGAUUGCCCUGUCCGCGUGUUACCUGCAGUGGCACGCCGACGAGUGGGACGUCACCAAGCAGAUCACCGUCUCUGGUGUGGAGGAUUUCGUCGACGAUGGCGAGAAGACGUUCACCCUCAUCACGGAGCCCCUGCAGUCCAACUCCGAGUAUUACGCCAACUUUGACGCCGACGACAUUGUCAUCAAGACGCAGUCGUACCAGCCUGCCCAGUGCUCGUCCACCACAGACCCAAACCAGAUCAGCUGGGAUGGCCGCCGCAGCACCUUCACCAGCAGCGGCACGUACCUCCUCUGGGGAGCGCCCAUGCGCGACUGGGAGGUGCAGACACGCGUCACCAACGGCCGCAACUGCGCCGUUGGCGUGCGCGAGGGCUGCGACCUGGUUGUGCUCGACCAGUGCUCUGGCAACGGCCUCGUCAUGUACAGCGACUUCAACAACCCGCCGUCGCAGCGCCUCUCCGUGCGCCAGGAGUCCGGCACCAACAACUACAUCAUCUCCUCCGCCCGCUCCGCUGCACAAGUGCGCGUGGUUGUGCGCGUGCGUGUUGUGUUCCAGGGCAUGACGUCGUGCGGUUGGUCUGGCUGCCGCCGCGCCCCGCGCUUCUCCUCCACGCGCUGGCUUGAUGUCUACGGCACCGCUCCAGGGUUUGACUUUGGGUACGUUGACCGCGCCAACGCCGCCAACACGGAGCCCCGCACCCGCGGGCUGUGCGGCUCGUACGACAACGACCGCAGCAACGACCCCAUCAACGGCAACGGCCUCGUCAUCCCGUCUUCUCGCGACUUCUUCCGCACGCGCAAGGCCGGCGCCUGCACGCCAUACAGCCGCCCAGAGCCCGAUGUGGCGUUUUGCGAGGCGCCGCCACGCCCCGUGCAGCGGCCCGUCCUGCGCUCCCCAGACAUUGAGGACCUGACAGAACUUCUGAAGACUCUUGACAUUGGCGACGACGACCCGCGCGCCGCAUACGAGUUUGACCCGCAGGAGGUCGGCUCCAUCUUCCUCGGUGACGAGCAGGUUGCGCGGUACGAGAACCUGUGCGAGAGCGCCAUCACGGGGUCGCUUGCGGCGGACGUGUGCGCAGAGGUUGGCGUGGAUAUCCAGCAGUACAUUGACAACUGCAUCGAGGACCUGGUCACGCAGCAGGACGAGGACCUCAUUCUCGGUGCCAUCGACUCCAUGAAGGAGGACUGCGAGUUCCUUGCGUCGACAAACAUCACGCUCUUUGACCAGGACGAGGCCGGCAACCUCGUGCCCGGACAGCUGCAGCGCGCAGUGGUGGAGCGCCUGUGCCCCGGCGACUGCAGCUUCAACGGCGUCUGCAACAACGGCACGUGCAUCUGCAACGACGGCUGGAGUGGCGCCGACUGCAGCACCAACAUCACCGUCGUGCCCGCCAACAACGGCCUGUUCCCCUUCAGCUGCGACAUCAACACGGCCUGCCCCACCGUCAUCACCGUGUCGUCGGAGCAGCUGCUGCCCGGGCCCGGCCUCAACUGCCUCGUGGACGGCGAGGAGACCCCCGGCCGCUUCAUCGCCUCCGCCCAGAUGCAGUGCGCCAUCCCGCGCGUGAACAUCACCGGCGCGCAGGAGCGCGUGCUGCCCGUGCGUAUCUCGCGUGAGAGCGGCGAGUACAGCACUGCCCGCCCCUUCAUCUUCUAUGACGGCCGCUGCAAGCAGUGCACCCGCGACGGUGAGUGCACCAUCAAGCCCAACGCCUGCGUCAUCGACAACCAGUGCGUGCUUGAAGGCCAGGCGCCCGCCGACAACCCCUGCAUGCGCUGCCAGCCACAGGUGUCCCAGACCGCAUACACCCCCGCCUUUGAGGACGCCCAGUGCGCGCCCGAGAUCCGCGGCCUCGACAGCUACAUCACCGUCUCCGAGGGCACGCAGCGCGGCGAGGAGGUGGCUGCCUUCACCGUCGGCAAUACCUUUGCCGAGGAGGAGUACGACGUUGUGCUGAGCAGUGACGGCGAGAACGACGGCGCCAGCGACGUGUUCAGCGUGCUGGACCGCGGCAACGGUGCGUUUGCGCUCAUCUUGUUUGACAACGUCGACUAUGAGGCCACCCCCAGCUACGCGCUCACGGUCGCCGCCACGGGCCGCUCGUCGGGCCUCGUGCACGAGGUGCGCGUGUCUGUCGACGUGCUCAACGUCAACGAGAACCCGGCCAUGGAUCAGGACGCGUACACGGCUGCGCUGCCGGAGAACGCGGCCCCGCAGUUCCUCUUCCGCGUGUCGGCAACCGACCCGGACAGCGUGCUGGUGCGCGAUGCCGUGGACGCGCGUUACAGCGAGGUGUCGUUCAGCCUCACGGGCUUCCGCUUCGCCAGCGACGCCGCCCUGUUUGCGGUCAACCCGACCACGGGCGAGGUGUCCACAACCGGGCCGCUCAACCACGAGGACCGCGGCGAGUACGUGUUUGAGGUCGUGGCCACGGACGGCGCCGGUGCGCGCGCCACCGCCACCGCCACUGUCACCGUGACCAACGUCAACGAGCAGCCCACGUUUGUGCGGCUGUCGCAGAUCUUCGUGCACGAGGACGCCGCCCUGGGCACCACGGUGGGCACGCUCAGCACCGUCGACCCCGACCGGGACAACACGUUCACAUACGCGCUGCUCAACGGCACAGACCUGUUUGCCAUCCAGGGCGACGCGCUCGUGACGGCGGUCGAGUUUGACUUUUCUGGCGACAACAAGGACGUGCCCCUGCUCAUCCGCUCCGCGGACCAGGGCGGGCUCGUUGUGGAGGAGGUGAUUACGGUGCGCAUCGUGAACCAGAACGACGCGCCGACGGCCAUUGCGCUGGUGCAGGUGGAGCACGGCAAGGACGCCAGCGAGCUCACCACGCCGCUCACCGCCAUCCCCGAGGACACGCCGUCCGACUCUGUUGUUGGCCUGUUCAAGGUGACGGACCCAGACGCAUCAGACCUGCACAUCCUCACGCUCACAGACGACGCAGACGGCACGUUUGCCGUGUCCGGGCCCGCGCUCAUCCUGGUCAAGCCGCUUGACUUUGAGAGCACGCCCACGCACACCAUCCGCGUGAUUGCAACCGACACGGGCUUCCCGCCGCUGACGUCGCCAGAGCAGGCGUUCACCAUCACGGUGGAGGACCGGCCGGAUGCGCCCCGCGAGAUUGCGCUCGUGCCGUCCACCACCAUCACGGAGAACACGCCUGCAGGCACGGUGAUUGGCGUGGUGCGCGCGCGCGACGACGACCCGAGCCAGCCCAUGACCAUUGAGGUGUCGCAGGAGUGCCCGUUUGAGCUGUCUGGUGGCGUGGACUGCGCCAACAGCGAGCAGGGCCACACCAUCUGCACGGCGCAGGUGACGCUGACGCGGCAGAUUGACCUCGAGGGCCCCGCGUACAAGUGCGUCGUGACAGCGACCACCACCGCCGACGACGGCCUGUUUGGCCGCGAGACGAUUGUUGUGCCUGUUGAGAACGUGAACGAGCCGCCCACCUCCGUUGCGCUGUCGCCCGCCACCAUUGUUGAGGGCGCACCGGCGGGCACGUUUGUUGGCUUCCUCUCCGCCACAGACGUGGACGAGGGUGACGUUGAGUUUGAGUUUGCGCUCGCCGACAGCACGGCCGCCAACGCGCGGUUUGCGAUCAAGCGCCAGCUUGAUGGCGGCGUUGAGCGCGCAGCCGUUGUCGUUGCAGGCGACCUUGACCACGAGACACGCCCCACGGAGACCAUCAUGGUGACGGUGACAGACAACGGCGGUGCGUCGGCCACGCUUCCUGUGGAGAUUGCCGUCACGGACCGCCCCAUGCACAUUGCCAUCAACACGACAGUGAUUGACGAGGUUGUGCGCCCGAGCGAGGCAGUUGGACAGGAGGUGGCACACGUCACCCUCGUCAACUUUGAUCGCGACGACCUCACGGUUGUGUUCACCGUGUCCGCCCCAACGGAGGACACCGGGCUUGCUCGCCGCAGCGCCGAUGAUGUUGCGUUUGAUGUGCUGCCAUCUGGACAGCCCAACACGGCUCGCCUGGUCAUCCGUGACGGCUCACUCCUCGACUACGAAUCCCUGCCCAACCACGUGUAUGCGUUCACUGUCAGGGCGUCGUUUGUCGCCGCUGGCGGCAGCAGCGGCAGCGGUGUUGCAGUGCCGGCGCCUGUGUCGUCCACGAUUGAGGUUGAGGUGCGCAACGUUGAGGAGCCGCCCGUGUUCAACACGCCAGAGGUGACCGCGCCUGUUGGUGUCGCCCCCAACGCAGACUCGGGCACGCCCGUGGUUGUCCUGUCGGCCUACGACCCGGAGAACGCAGGGGACGUCACGUAUGCGAUUGAGUCUGGCAACGACGAUGGCAUCUUCAUCAUCGGCUCCACCACGGGCGAGGUGACGGUGAUUCGCACGCCAGAGACCACCGGUGCGCAGCUUGACCAGAUGUUUGAGCUCGUCAUUGUGGUCACGGACAGCACGGGCGCCCACUCGUCGCGCUUUGUGCUGCCCAUUGUGCUUGACACGUCCCUGGCCACGACAUCCGCCACGAGCACCAGCACCACGACCAGCACGGCCGACACCACUGUUGAUCCCAGCAUUGUCGUCGACCCGACUGCGCCUGGCGGCGAGGAUCUGGAGAGCAAGGGCAGCAGCAACUCCGCGGCGUCCAGCACCAUCCCCGUUGUCAUUGGCGUGUGUGCGGGCCUGCUGCUGGUUGUCGCGGUUGCGCUGCUGCUGUUUGUGCGCGGGCGGCGCAAGGAGCUCCACCCGUCCUUCGCGAGCACACCCAGCACCAUGGACAACCCGCUGUACCACGGCCACCACAUGCACCACGCGCCCGUGUCCGGGUUUGUGGACGGCUUCAGCUCGCAGCUGUAUCCCUGGUACCGCGCUGAGAUGUCGCGGGCGGACUGCGAGAUGGAGCUGCUGAACCGUGCCGCCGUGGGCGAGUUUAUCAUUCGCGACUACCCGACGUCCCCCGGCUGGUACAUGCUGCACGUGCGCACGGGCACUGCCGAGGUGGCUGAGGUGAAGAUCAGGCCCCAGGGCCAGGAGGGCAAGUUUGUGCUGGUUGGCGACAACAGCGGGGCUGCGUUUGCGUCGCUGCCGGAGCUUGUGCAGCACUACGCGGCCACCACGAGCCCCGUGCUUGGUGUUGCGCUCGUGGCGGCCAGUGGCGCCCGCCAGCCGGUCGUCCACCAAUACGACGACGUUCCUGCUGUCAUGCGCAGGGGCCAAGCGCUGGAGGAGGACCCCAAUGCCCCUCAUCUGCCGCUCAAGAGCCACCAGGCCGAUAUGAUCGCGCAGGUUGCCAGUGGAGACGACUUCUACGGCAACACGCACGCCGCUCGCGACCUGCUUGGCUCCAGCGCCAUCUGAGGCACACCAAGCCACCGCUGAUCCUGCUUUCCUCUGUCGUUGUUUGAUAUGCUCGUUUUUCCUCUUGCUGCUCUGUCUUCACGGCUCUGAUUGCCGUGCGAUAGUGUGGUGGUUGAGAUGGUGGUGUUGUUUCCCUGUUUGUUUUCUCUUUGCCUUUCGUUUUGCUGCCUUGUAUUGCUGACAUUGUGUUGUUGACUUGUUGCUGACUUUGCGUUGCUGACUUGCUCUUUUCCCUUCUUUCCCCCUCCUUAUCCCCUUCGCCCUCCUCUGUUCGUCUUCUGUGCUGUGAAUGUGAUGUGAUGAUGUGACUUGCUUUGCCUGCUUGCUUGCUUGCCUUGCCUUGCUGGCCCUGCUUGCCCCAAUACAUCCAUCCAACGCA